AUGGCUUCCGCUACCGAGUCUGUGCACCAGCCGCGUGUCAAGCGGCCGGAGGAGAAGCUCAAGGUGGUUGUGAUCGGGGCGGGUCUCGGUGGAUUGGCAGCGGCGAUGGCGAUGUACUAUGCGGGUUACGAGGUGGUCGUGUACGAGAAGAUCAAGAAGUUCCUGCCGCUCGGCGACAGUCUCGGGGUUGGCGAGAAUGCACUUCGCCUCCUCACGCGCUGGGGCGUCCGCGACAAGCUGAUUGCCAUCGGCAACAAGUCUCCCGUCAUGCACAUCCGCCGCUGGGACACCGGCGAGAUCAUCGCAACGCAGCGCCUAAUGGACAUGGCAGGGUACAUCGGCCACCGGGCUCAGUAUCACGCUUCCUUCCUCUCGCGAGUUGAGGAGCUCGGCAUCCCCGUCCACAUGGGCACCGCCGUCGCGACCUUCGAUGAGUAUGUGCCGUCGGUCACCCUCGAGACGGGCGAAGUCGUGAACUGCGACCUGGUCAUCGGCGCCGACGGCAUCAAGAGUCGGACGCGGGAGCUCGUCCUGGGCUUCGAGGACAAGCCGAAGUCCAGCGGAUACGCCUGCUACCGCGCCUACACCGAAGGAGACCGCAUCCGCGACCACCCAGAUGCAGGAGUGCUCGUCAACCGCGACGCAAGUACCCAAAUGAACAUCUGGAUUGGCAAGGAUCUGCAUAUCGUCCAGAACACCUGCCGCAACGGCGGCGACUUCAACUGGAUCAUCACGCACAAGGACGACGAGGACAUCGCCGAGUCGUGGUCGCAGCCUGGCAAGGUGGAAGAUGCUGUCGCUCUUGUCGAACAGUGGGAUCCGACCAUCGUGGAGGCGAUGCGACUCACGCCGUCCUGCCUCGACUGGAAGAUUGUCUACCGCGAGCCUUUACCAACCUGGAUCUCCAAGUCCGGCAAAGUUGUCCUCCUCGGCGACUCAGCCCACCCUCACCUGCCGACAUCCGCUCAAGGUGCCUCACAAGCAGUCGAAGAUGCCGCAACGCUCGCCAUCUGCCUCGAGCUCGCCGGCCGCGACAACAUCCGUCUCGCGACUCUGACCUACGAAAGGUUGAGGUAUGCUCGCGUGCUCAAGACGCAGAAAACGGGCGAGGACACGAGGCGGAGGUGGCACAACGCCUUGCGAGACCUCGAUGCCGGACGUGAGGUCGAUCCGGAGAGCGUCAAGAUGCAGAACGAGUGGAUCUACGCUCUCGACGCCGAAGCUGAUACACGCGCUCGCUUUGCCGCCGUGUCAGCGCAGAUCAAAGCUGAGCUCGCCGCCAACAACGACGAGGGAGGUCGCGCAAAUGGCCAAGGACAUGUUCGACUCCUGGGAGAGUAG